AUGGAAAGGGAUAUUACUCUGCCCAUUUUAGCCGGCGAUUGCGACUCCGGCAAGAGCAAACGGGUAAGAGUGGCUGAUCCGGAAUUUACCGUAGUCGACGAGGGCAGACCUGUCAAACUACCAAAAAUUGAAGACAACGGAGAUGUAGGGACAUCGGAAGCAACACAAGUCCCUGUCAAUUCACUAAUGGCUGACGUGGCAAUUAACGAUAUAGACGGAACAAUAAACGCUGACCACGGAGUUGUCUCCGUCAUGGGUCGGCAACGAGCUAUGACAACCGCUGUUUCCACCGUCGUCAACGAGAUUCCAUCUUAUGACAUUUUCGGGAUCUUCGACGGUCUUAGGCUCGCUAAAUUCUUUGAGGAGAGGCUGCGGCGGCUCAUAAAGGAGGAGGUAACGGCAAGCCACGGCCGCAGGCUGGCGGUGGACUGGAAUAAGGUGAUGAGAUCGUGUUUUUCGGAGGCGGUGGGAACGCUAGGGUCCAUAACCGCAGGAGCGGUGGUUACGAUAGUCGGAAAAGAGGAGGUGAUUGUGUUGUGCCGCGGCGGAGCAAGAGUGGUUCUUUACUCUCACGGUGGAAUCGCUUUGCCUCUAUGUCAUAUCCAUCAUCAAAAGAGUGGUGUAGAGCAAAUAUUGAAGAUCCAUAAGCGAAAGAAGAUGGACGAUUUCAUAGUACUUGCAUGCGAUGGCCUUUGGGACGUUGUCUCCGACGAUGACACAUAUCAACUUGUCAAACGUUGCCUACACGGCAAAUUACCAGACGGGCCCAGAGACAAAGUCCGCACCGAUUUGCUCUUGGACUCCUUCCCAAAAAAUCUCAUACUAAUUAGAGUUGGACAUCUCUUAUGUACUAUAGACAAUUCCUGUCUAAACUUCCGAUGUGGGACUUGGAUUGAUAUCCCAACAAUCCUCCCCUCAAAACCAAGGACCACAUUGACAUGUGUCCUCCCACCUCCAGCGAAACUUGACACCCAUCUUGUAACGCCGUAA